CAGCGUCGAGAGGAGGGGAAGGAAGACAGACGCUCGGUGGUCGUGUUUCUUUGUUAAUGUUGCACGUACGCGGUGUGUACGAACAAGAGAACAAACACAGUCCCGCGGGUUCUCGUGCGUGAUACACAGAAGAAGUCGACUGGUGUUGCUCACUCGCGCGCACGAGAGCGUAUGUAGAAACGACACCGUACGCCUCGUCCUCGUUCACUACCGGAUAGGUAGCUACGGAUAGGAAAAAAAAGAAGAAGCAGAAAGAUAUACAUAUAGGGUUAGGUUGGGGGACAGAAGAGAUGCGUCUGAGACCGGCGACAACGGACGCAUAUCAAGAGUUCGGAAAUCGGUGUACAGUGUACAAUAUCGAAUUUCUCAAGUGAGCUUCGCAACGAGUCGAAGCACCAGCGUGUGUCCGUCCAUCUAUCUGUCUGUCGGAUUGUCUGUAUCUUUAAUGAGGUGAGGUGGGACACGGGGGAGAGUGAGGUGAAGCGCAAGGUGAGGUGAAGUGAGGUGUGGCGAGGUACGGUGAGGUGAGGUGUGGUGCGGCAAGGAGUGGUGCGGUGCGGUGCGGUGCGGUGCGGUGCGGUGAGGUGUGGUGAGGUGAGGUAAGGUGAGCAAGCCGAGGCUGAAGAGAGUGAAGUGACCGAGCGCAAGUUCGACGAGAGGACGCGCAACGUCGUUUACGCACGACAAGAAAGGGACUAUAGGUGACUUGUGACUGUGAAUAAUCGGUGUGUGAAAAAUAAAGAGAAAUAGAGCCAAACGCAAGACGCACGAGGGGUGGAAAACUAAGGAAAAGCUGAGAAAGCUGAAAAAUUUAGAAACAGAGUAAACGCGUACUCAGGAGCGGAGAGAGAGAGAGAGGGAAAGAAGAGCGCGAAGUCUGCGAACGAUGACGACGCGCGUUCGUUCCGCGGUCAUGCGUCCGCAAUUCGUCGAGCCAUGAUGCGAAGUACUGUAUCUAGUAUAGGCUGCUGGCCACGGCUGUGGCUCGUCGUGUUCGUGACGUGUGUGUGACCAAAGGGAUACGAUUCCUGUCGUGUUCAGCUCCGUUGCUUUCCCUUUUUGUUCUUUCUUUCCGUUUGGAUAUCUACUAUGUGCGCUGUAUUCCUCUCGAAUCGUUUCUUCGAACACCAAUAGAGAGGGAAGAAAAAUAAAUACAGUCAUGUCUUACCGUAGUAAGCAAUUCUGCCUCCCUGUUUAGCUGUGAAGCACCAACCAAUCAGAUUUCUCUACCUGCUUCAUAAUUCUAAGCCGGUUGCCCCCGCUUGGCUUACUAUCGUGAGGCACUACUGUACGUGGACGGGUACGUUCACGAUUCUUCCCCGUUCUGCGCUGCUGUCGGACAUUGUUAGCUCGAACGAAACGGUGGUUCUGUUUACACUGGAAGAAAUUGACAGUCUUCGAAGAUGUACGCGAAGGGGAAGGGUUCAUCGGUACCCUCUGACUCUCAAGCCAGAGAAAAAUUAGCUUUGUACGUGUAUGAAUAUUUAUUGCAUGUUGGCGCACAAAAAGCAGCACAGACGUUCUUAUCCGAGAUACGAUGGGAAAAGAAUAUCACUCUUGGGGAACCACCUGGAUUUUUACACUCUUGGUGGUGUGUAUUCUGGGACUUGUACUCUGCGGCACCCGAAAGACGAGAUUCCUGCGAACACAGUAGCGAAGCCAAAGCUUUCCAUGAUUAUGGCUUUGUAAACAGUGGUUAUGGAGUCAAUGGUAUUGCACAUAAUGCUGGUCCAGCGCCAUCCCCCAUAGGACAAAUGCCACCCAACGAUGGUAUGCCUGGUGGACCAAUGCCUUCCGCAUUCUUUCCUAACAACUCAACAAUGCGACCAUCUCCGCCCACACACCCCUCAUCACAGCCAUCCCCCCAGCACCCCCAGCCACCCCCGCCCCCACACUCGCAGAUGAUGUCCACUCAGUUUAUGGGUCCACGAUAUCCUCCUGGACCACGACCGGGAGUACGUAUGCCGCAAAUGGGAAAUGAUUUUAAUGGACCCCCUGGACAGCCAAUGAUGCCAAACAGCAUGGAUCCGACUAGGCAAGGCGAAGCUGGAGAAUUUGUAGGGUGGCAAGCUCCUCCAGGCAUGAAUCCCAUGAAUCCAAGGAUGAACCCACCGAGAGGGCCUGGAAUGGGUCCAAUGGGACCGGGAAGUUAUGGGCCAGGAAUAAGAGGACCACCUCCUAACAGUACCCUAGGUCCAGGAGGUCCGGGAGGACCUGGAAUGCCGCCCAUGAGUAUGGCUGGACCAGGCGGGAGACAACAAUGGCAACCUAACACAUCUACGCCCAUGAAUUACUCAUCGUCGUCGCCUGGUAAUUAUGGAGGACCCCCAGGAUCAACGGGUCCUCCAGGCCCAGGUACACCAAUUAUGCCGAGUCCACAAGAUAGUAGUAAUAGCGGCGGUGAAAACAUGUAUACCAUGAUGAAACCUGUACCUGGUGGAAACAUGCCCGGUGACUUUCCCAUGAGUGGCGGACCAGAGGGUGGUCCAAUGGGUCCUAUGGGACCAAACACGAUGGGUCCUGUUCUUAACGGCGAUGGUCUUGACGGAAUGAAAAACAGUCCAGCUAACGGAGGCCCUGGAACUCCUCGGGAAGAUAGUGGAAGUGGAAUGGGUGACUAUAAUCUCGGUGGUUUCGGAGGUCCAGGGGAAAAUGAUCAGACCGAGUCAGCCGCCAUACUCAAGAUCAAGGAGAGCAUGCAGGAAGAAGCGAAGAGGUUUGAGAAGGACUCUGAUCACCCCGAUUAUUUCAUACAGUAACUCUAUGCGAGUCGUAGUGCUCCGAGACCAAACUAAACCUUCUGAGAAAGCGAGUCGCGAAACAAUCAUCCUCUCCCCUACUCUAUCUUCCUUUUACCUAGUUCACACUGUACUUGUACCCCCCACCACCACCACACCGCCCCGCAUCCCUCCUAUUCCUCAACUUUGAAAGCGAGGUGUUCAAAAGGACGCGCGCGAAUCCUAACGGAGAACUUAAAACGAUAUUUAAAAACAAUCAAGAAAAACGGAAAACAACGGUACAGGGGAUCGAUCUUAGUUCACAUAACAUAACGCAGAGAGAAGAUUCGUAGAUUUUGCCCCUUCCCCUUCCCCACUUGCGCGGUGCAAGAGGGCCUCGUUCAUCGGUGUUCAUCCUGUUCGGAUACGGACAAGCGGAAAGGGUUGACCAUUUUUCAAGUAUAAAAGUUCAUUCAAUCUGUUUCAUAGAACAUCAUCGUUCCACGUGUUUGUUCCGGUUGUCGUUGAUCGAUUAUCUUUGUUUAACACGUAACGAGUGACGGGGCUCGAGUAUUCGCGUAAUCGAGCCUAAUAAAGUCACGCACGCGAGCAGAUCCGAGAUUCGUCCGUGGUUUCUUUCUUUGUCACGAUUAUGGCGAUCGUCUUUUAGCCAUCUUUCCACGCUCCUUCGUCUCUCCUACUCGCUUAGGAUUCUCAGUUCUGUUUCCUGAGUAAGUAAGUGCUUCCUUAUUGGCUCUAAGUUCAAAGAAAACGCUCUAUUUUUUGUACAGUAGAGGGAAAGCAUUGCUUCAGCGGUACGACGUAAUGUUUUCUAUCGAGGAUAGUUGUUGCCCCCCGCCCCCCUUCCCUCCGCCUCCUUUCUUCUCGGUUUCCCGAUCCCGCCCCGCCCUCCUCCCCUCCCCCCGACUCCGCCCACACUCCGUCAUUCUCCAGCGAAUCAUUAAAUAACGGCAUCGAUAUCGACGAGCGUGGUUCGCAAUGUCGACGGACAAAAUGAUCGCGACGUUUCAUCGAUUUCCUCGAUCGUCGGUGCACGUGGCGCGCUUUCGAAGCAGCGAAUUGUAAAACUAUGCUGACUGUGAUAAGACGAAUCGAAAAGCGGAAAGCGACGAAUUGUUUUCAGGGAAAAUUUCCAACUGUCGAGACAAAAAAUUCUUCACCGGUACUUAAUGGAGCGUACCGUGCUCGUUCCAACAAGUAUGGGGGCUUGUUUUCAUUCCGAUAGAGAGGUAUAUCGAUAUCCCGUCGACGAUACGAGAGAUCAUCGAUGACUCUCCGCCGAAACGGUUCUCGAUAGCAAAAGUUUCGGUUCGAUAACGGAGGAGAAUCGUUUCGAAAAAAAAACGAAAAAAAACAAACGGAGGAUAGUCGUCGUGUUCUAUCCGAACCGUUGGGUAGGUAGAAAAGAAGAAGAAGAAGAAAGAUUUUUACGGGCAUUUGUUCAUGCGUUUUAAUUGCGUUUAUUGCGUUCAAUGCGGUUACGAUCUCCCCCGAACCGGUCCGAACCGAUCCGCGCCGCAAGGAUCGGGUGUCGGAUGAAAACGACAAAGAAGCGCACAGUAUUUAAAGGAAUUUGCGAUUCAAACACACAUCCUCUGAUUUCAUAGUACGAACGUAAGCAUUCGAUUUAAUUCCAUUGACUCGCAGGCACACGAUAAUCAGUUUAGCUUUAUCCGUGUCCGCGGAGAAUGUGAAGACCUCGACGAACAGUUUUAACCCCGCAUCGUUAUGUAUUUAGGGACCGGAAAGAGCGAACUGUGGAUCCGAGUACCCGAGACCUCUGUCGCGUACUCCGGAAUCCGAGUUUCGGUGUUUUCGAAACAAAGUCGGUAAUACAGUUUUCCCUUGUCAGCGACGCGCGUGUGGUUCGGGGAACGCGGUAAGAUGUUCACAGGAUAGUAGCUAAUUCUCUAUUGGUCGGUAGUCGCGUGGCCCGUAAACAGAGGAAUGCUGGUAACGAUGUAGACGCGUUCGUGCUGCGACGAAGACACAAAGAACGGUGUGCUGCGUUAACAAGGGAAAACUCUCGACCAGCGUGGAAGCGGAAUAACGUUAAACAUUGUACUAUAAGCGAGGCACGUGUCGAGAAACGUUUAGAAUCAUAUAGAGAAAUGCUUCGGAGAAGGGGUGUGUCGUCCUGUGGUUAACGUUAGCCCGUCUACAACAGUAUCUCGAUAUAUCUCGGAAACGAAACUAGGACUUAAUCUGGCCAGUGUGCAUCCAUACAGUACACGCUAGGCGUAUCCUUCAUUCGGGACAAUCGUUGAUUGUUGUCGCGGACGGACUUUAUGAAUGCGUAACUGCCAGUAUUUGACAAAUCUAUAAUCUCUUUCUCUUUAUUUUUAGCGAUUAUACCGAGUCCGUUACGUUCACGUUCAAAUCUGAGACUUUCACAGAUACACCAGAGUAUAGUUUUCCCUUGUCGGCGUGAUUUUUUUUGGGAAGGGGGGAGUGUUACUUCCUUUUAUUGGCUGGCGAUUCGGGACGGUGGGGACAAUGGCGGGAACGGGAACGCUAACGAGGGAAAAUUGUGUUUGAAAUUUUUCAUCGCAUAUAGAAUCAUCGAUAUCGGGCGCAGGAACAUUUAAAAAAAAAACAAAAAAAGAAAACGGACAGAAUUGAUUUAUAGUUGGUGCGAAGUUGGGUGUCACACGUUGAUUAUUCCGCGUGGGAAUGCAUGAAAAAUUACGCGAGGACCAGAGUGAACGUAACCAAAGAGUACAAGAGGGUAAAAGAACGGAUCGUCGGGAGCUUGGGGGACGCGACGUUAAUGUGAUCCGAACGAGAUUACGAGACGCGAGAUAAUUCUGGUUCCUUUCGAGCUCUAACGGAAAGCUUGCGAACUGUAAUAUUCUUUUCUCCUCUGAUCGCUGUUUGUUUCCUGGCCAUGCUCGAUUCCGGAAAUGGCGGCGUGUACAUGCACCAUGUGUAUACUACGAUAUUUUGGCGUAUUAUGUAAAUGUGUAACUUGUACAAACCGAUGCGUCGAGUGCAAUUUGAAUUAGACGACUUAUUACCGAGGUUGGAACGCGCGAUGUUCCUGACUUACACACGCGACGCGUUCGCAAUAGUAUCGAUCGUCCUCGUCCACGGUAGGACAGGAAAUGUUUUUUCGAUUUUGGCCGUGAUCUCUCGCGAUUCAAACGUAGGAUUAAUAUACUUGUUUCGAAUUUCUGCUUGUUAAUUGUUCGGAAAUAAUAAUAUGCUGGUCAUUUUUUUAAUUCUGGUUGCGUCCACACGGUGCCCGAACUCGGAACACAUUUUUCAAUGGAACCCUUUGAAACCUCGAUACUAUCGAUAACGUUACGCGUUUUACCUUUAAUGUAUGUAUAUUUAAACUGCUCAUCCCAGCCACUCUCCAACGAGCGAAAAAUUCGUAUAUGUUCUUUUUUCUUUUUUUCGAUUAUCUAUUAUUAUUAUUCGAAUACUCCUUCGCGCGAUUGUGAUUCGGUGACGGAACGAAACGAAGGGAAACUUUUUCGUAACAAAAUUCCGAACGAUUAUUGUUUCGAUCGAACCUCUAAUGAAAGAAAUUCCAAACGUAGAACGAACGGUUGCGUGAAGGAUAGACCAAAAAGAUAAAUACUUUCGGAGAAAAAAGCGGUAUAUAGUAUUUACACUUUUUUAAACGAUCAUUGAGAUACAAAAGAGCGAAAGAGAGGGAGAGAGAGAGAGAGAGAGAGAGAGAGAGCGAGCGCGAGAGAGAAAGAGAGAGAGAGAGAGCGAGAGAGGGAGAAAGAGAGAUGUUUGUACAUUGUUUAAAAACGAGAGUUCGUCUCGUCGUUACUAGAAAACGAGGAGAAAUAAAAGAAAUAAUUACGGUGUGCGUUGAUACCGUUAUAAAUGCGAUUACGAUUUCGUGUAAGGUAAAACUAGGUUAAUUAAGUAAGAGUGUUGGGUUGGCAAGAAAUUAUAGUGGUUCGAAAUGAAAGAAAAAGAAGGAUAUUCAAAUUAAGAACGGUGUAAAAGUAUUUCAAUAGCGAUCGAAUAUGGUAGAAUUCCGAACGCGUGUAAAUCAAGAUCGAAGGACAUACAAGAUGAAAGUAGUUAUUAAAGGAAAUCGAUGAGCCGCCAUUGCUCCCCUCUCCUCUCACUGUCAUUAUCACUACCACCACCGCCACUACAUCACCAUCACCGUAAUACCAUUUACUACUACCCUCGCCGUCCUUUCCUCAUCCCUUGACGAGUGUUUGCAUUGAAAAGUGAACGUAAAAUUGGUUUUUGUAAUUAUUUUCACUUAUUCGAUCAUUGUAGUGCUGACGCGAUUCAGUACAUCUCUUGCGGCCGAGCUCACAUAUUCUUUAAAUUCACGCAUAAUUAUCGACAUAAUUAUAGAAACCUAUACGAGUAUAGCAUUCAAGUAGCAAGUAAUAAUGAUAAAAAUAAUGAAAUAAAUGUCAUCUAUCCUACUAAGCAA